GAAAUAUCUAUCAAUUAUAGUGUCAAAGUAUUGAUUAAACUUCAGUGUGAAAUAUGGCUGAAGGUGAUAAAGCUGGUGCUGCAGAUGACAAAAAAAUAGUUCAUACCUACCCAUUAGUUAGGCAUUCUGAUAUGGCUGAGGAAACUAGACAAGACGCAGUUGAACUUAUAGUGACAGCAUGCGAGAAAUAUUCUUCUAAUAAUGAGGGAGCUGCCAAAAUGAUCAAAGAAGAAAUGGAUAAAAAAUUUGGACCCCCUUACCACGUUGUUGUCGGAGAGGGUUUUGGAUUCGAAAUAACCUACGAAUGCAAGAAUCUCCUAUACAUGUUCUUCGCCGGUAAUCUAGGAAUAUUAGUAUGGAAAUGUUGACAAAACAACAAAAAAAUACCACUCAAUAUGGAUACACGUAUUUUAUUUUCAAAUAUAUAUUUCAGAAAAUUA